GGGACUUUCCUUAGAGCCACAAGGCAUGCCUGCCACAGGCCCUUUUGAACCCAUGGAGGCAGUAGAUAACUUUUUGGAACAGCUGGAUGACUGCCAAAAGAACGAGUUGGUGGGGCGAGCCUUGAAGCAGAGCAAUGCUGAACAGUGGUCCUCUCUACUCCGGGCCACCGCAUCUGAACGCCACGGGCCGCGCACCGUGCGCUGCUGCGACAUGUCCGGGCGCACCGUGGAGUUGAAAGUGAAACCUUUCCAGACCUUAUUUACUGUGAAGCAAGAAUUGCUGAAAUUGGCCGAUGAGUUCUUACCGCGCAUUGACAAGAAAAGGGAAGUGAGACAAGCUAAACUCUACCAUGCGGAGGUGGAGCUCCCCGAUCAUAUGCUUGGAUCAAUGCUGCCAGAGCAAAUCUCUGUGGUCUAUAAGAAGGACCAUAAGUUAGUGGAGAGCGAUUCAGAUGCCUCCUUUGAGUUUUACUGCAGCGACCGUGACUACUAGUAGUGACUGAGACCUUGGCUGAACUGUGGCGGCCCAACUGACAGAAAUGAGAAAUGAAUCAUUAGAAAUAUCCUGGUUGACUGGCUAUAGGGACUUGUGCUAGCUGAUUUCCUG